AUAUCAACCCUCCGAUCCGCGCCUGCAUCACCGCCGUUCGUCGAAUCCCACACACCAGCGCAUCCCUGCAGCAGCCCCCCCCCAAUUCGAUGCCCACGCCACAGCGGACCGAUUGUCUAUAGUACCAUUCCAGCGCAAUUCCCAGCCUGCUCUCUCCGUGUCGGAUCUAUUCGCCCAACAGCAGCAUCGAUCCGCGACAAGCUCCCUCCAACUUUGCACCAUCCUCCAGCAUCACCGUUCCCUUGAGACUUUCGCCGUCAUCAGAAUACGCAGAAACACACAAUGCUUCGUUUCCAAGGCCAUAAUCACCUGCGCCAGCGAUUGCUGCUCGCAACCAUAGCCGGAAAGCCCGUCCGAAUCGACAAGAUCCGAUCCGAAGACGAGGACAUGCCCGGGUUGCAUGACUACGAAAUAUCGUUCCUGCGACUCCUCGAGAAGUUGACCAACGGCUCUCAAAUCGAGAUUUCAUACACAGGCACUGCCCUGAUUUUCCGUCCAGGAGUGAUCACCGGCGGCUCGGUCAAGCACGAGUGCCCAAAGUCCCGAGCAAUCGGCUACUUUCUCGAGCCCCUCAUCGCUCUUGCUCCAUUCGCAAAGUCGCCCUUCAGCGUCACGCUCACCGGCAUCACAAACGAUAACGUUGACAUCUCGGUCGAUACCCUCCGGACCGUCACCCUCCCCCAGCUUAAGCAUUUCGGAAUUGAAGAUGGCGUUGAGUUGAAGAUUUCCAAGCGCGGUGCCCCUCCUUUGGGAGGCGGCGAAGUCACCUUCCGGUGCCCGAUCGUUCGUCAGCUCAAGCCCGUCCAGUUUGUUGACGAAGGCCAGAUCAAGCGCAUUCGAGGCAUCGCAUAUGCCACCCGCAUUUCGCCACAAAUGGCCAACCGUGUGGUCGAUGCCGCGCGCAGCCUGCUCACUCGAUACAUCCCCGACGUCUACGUCUACACCGAUAUCUACAAAGGCGCCGAGAGCGGACUUUCUCCUGGAUACGCUCUUACCCUUGUCGCCGAGUCCACGACCGACGUUCUGCUGUCAUCGGAAUGCGCCUUCCAGCCCCGAAAACGCACGCUCGCUUCCUCGGACACAGAGGACGAGGCCGGCCCCAAUCUGUCCACGCACCUGGCCAACGACUACACGUUCCCGACUCCUGAAGAUCUCGGGGUCCGCACUGCUCGCUUGCUGCUGCAAGAGAUCAGAAAGAGAGGCUGUGUCGAUUCGGUAACGCAGUGGCUCUGGCUACUCAUGCUGGCACUUGGACCUGAAGACGUGAGCAAGAUCCGCACCGGACCGCUCACUCCAUUCACCAUCCAAUAUCUCCGUGACAUCAAGACUAUACUCGGAGUCACUUUCAAGAUCAAGCCGGACCCUGAGACACACACGGUGCUGCUGACCUGCGUCGGAAUCGGGCAUGUCAAUCUCAACAAGAAGACCAUUUGAAGGACCACGUCUCCGUCGAGCUGCACUACAUCUUGUGUCGUGGCGCGUUGCCGGGCUUCAAUGUACAGCACCCUCUGGGCUUGCUCGGAAGACUGCUGCUGAUCCAAGGAGCUAAAUACACUAUUCACCGUCCAUCCAUGAACCCGGCUCUGCA